UAGAUAGAAAUAGCAUUCUCAACAGAAACAAAGAAAUUAAGACAAAAAAAAAACAGAGAAGACAUUGACCCUUCUUUUUCUUUUAUUUAUUAAGCUUGGCUUGGUGGGAUGUUAAUAAGACGAAUCAAUUAUAUGUUGAUAUGUUUGAACAGACAUUCUACCCACGUUUUCACACUUUGGUGGAUAUAAAGGUUUAGGACUUGUUGUGGAGGUGCCACGUAAUUGUAUUGUCGGUUUGGUUUUAUUUUUUAUUUUUUGAAAUCAAGUUUGGGGUUUUAUGUGAUUUGUUAGGAGAAGCAAUAAUAAUAGUCUGGUCUCACCGAGCUAAUCAUAGCCAUUGUUGGAAUUAGAGAAUAGAGAAUACAGAAGAAGAAGAGAAAAACCGGUCUCACCGAGCUGUGUAGUUUGGGAAUUGGGAUUGGGAGCAAGCAAUAAUGGCGGAAGUGAAGAACAAGCAAGUAUUGCUCAAGGACUAUGUGAGAGGUUUUCCCAAGGAAUCAGACAUGGCCAUCACUUCUUCCACUCUCAAAUUGAAGCUGCCCCAAUCCUCCAAAGGAGUCCUCCUUAAGAAUCUCUACUUGUCAUGCGAUCCCUAUAUGCGAGGCCGAAUGAGCCAACGUGAAUCUUAUGUUGAUUCUUUCAACCCUGGUUCACCCAUCACUGGGUAUGGUGUGUGUAAAGUGUUGGAAUCUGGGGAUCCUAAUUUCAACGAAGGAGACUUCCUUUGGGGGAUGACCGGUUGGGAAGAGUACACCAUCCUCAACUCAACCCAAGGCCUUUUCAAAAUCCAACAUACCACUGAUAUUCCUCUCUCUUACUAUACUGGAAUUCUUGGUAUGCCUGGAAUGACUGCCUACGUUGGUCUGUACGAGCUUUGUAGUCCUAAGAAAGGGGAGUAUGUGUAUGUGUCAGCUGCAUCUGGUGCAGUAGGUCAGCUUGUUGGCCAGUUUGCAAAACUCUUGGGUUGCUAUGUUGUCGGGAGUGCAGGAACCAAAGAAAAGGUGGAUUUGCUUAAGAACAAGUUCGGAUUUGAUGAAGCUUUCAACUAUAAAGAAGAGCCCGAUUUGGAUGCAGCUCUCAAAAGGUAUUUCCCUCAAGGCAUAGACAUUUACUUUGAAAACGUUGGGGGAAAGAUGCUGGACGCUGUGCUGCUGAACCUGAGAGUCCAUGCUCGAAUAGCAGCAUGUGGAAUGAUCUCGCAGUACAACCUUGAGCAUCCAGAAGGGGUACAUAACUUGAUGCAGCUGAUUGUGAAGCGAGCUAAGAUUACAGGUUUCGUGGUGGGUGAGUACUAUCACCUCUACCAGAAGUUUCUUGACAUGGUUGUUCCUGGCAUCAAAGAAGGAAAGAUAGUGUACCUCGAAGACAUAGCUGAAGGCCUUGAUAGCGCCCCUGAAGCUCUGGUGGGACUCUUCUCCGGCCGCAAUGUGGGAAAGCAAGUUGUCACCAUUUCUCAUGAUUAAAAUGCAUCAUAAAUUCUCAUCUUUACUUUGGUUGGUUAAACUCUAAUAAUAGCAUUCAUGAUAAAACCCAUUCACGUUGCAGUCUAGUAAUGUGAAAGAGUUUCAAAUAUUUAGAAAUCAGUCCCCAUACUUUCCAUUCUAUGAGUUUAACUUUUGUAUGAAAAAGCGUUGUGUGGGAGUGGUAUAUGUAUUGCUUAUUCUGCACUGCAUGAUUUAAACUUUUCUUGUGUCAAACAUGUAACAAGAAGAUGAUUGACUUGUUCUCUUUUCAA